AUGGUGAAAACAACAAUCUCCUUAACAGCCCAAGAUGUGAUCAAGGAAAAACCAAUCACACUCUACUCCCCACAAAACCCGACCCCGACCCAGUCGAUAUUCUUGUCCAACAUCGACCUGGCUGUGACUUUCCCGGUCGAGACGGUAUUUUUCUAUGAGGCUCUGCCGAACGGGGUCCACGGAUCAACGGCGGAUGUUGCCCGAAGGCUGAAGAGGGCAGUGGAGGAAGUGCUUUUGGUGCCUUACUAUUUCAUGGCUGGCCGGCUCAGCUUCAACGACGAGACCAAGAGGGUCGAGCUCGUGUGCAACAAUGCCGGGGCCGUGUUUGUGAGCGCAAAAACGAGACUUUCGCUCGAGGAUCUCGGUAAUCUUUCCCAGCCGAACCCGACUUUUCACCGGCUCGUUCACCGGCCGGGGCUGUAUACAAGCCUCGCGGAAACUGCAGUUUUCACUAUUCAGGCAAACGGAUUUCAUGAUAUGCACUAUAUAUACCAACUUGUGAUUAAUCCAUGA